GAAAAUGCACAGCUCACAGAAUAUAUUCCCUCCAACAUAACACAACCCCACUUAUGUUUCCAGAUAUGGUGUGUGUGAGAUCAUAGACAACAACACCCUUUCAAACUCCCAACUAUAUAUACAUUUACAUUCUCAACCAUAAUUAUUAUUUAUAUAUUCAAAAAAAUAAAAAUAAAAAACAAUUCUUUCAAAUGAUCAAAACUAAAGAAAUGCGAUUAGUUCUAUCAAGUGAUGCAAAACCAAGACUCAAAUGGACUACAGAGCUUCAUCACCGAUUCAUCGAAGCUGUCGAAAAACUCGGGGGUCCAGAUAAGGCUACACCGAAAUCCUUAAUGAGGAUAAUGAGCAUUCACGGGCUCACCUUGUACCACCUCAAGAGCCAUUUACAGAAAUACAGGAUGGGCAAGAAUCAACAUUCUCAAACAUACCAACAAAGCAAACAAGAAGAGUGCGAGGAAAAACAGAGGAAUGUCUUCACCAGCAAGAUCUGCGAUGGAGCAAAAGAGCAGAUUAACGAAAGUGUGGAGAUAACUCAGGCUUUGCAAAUGCAAAUGGAGGCGCAGAGGAAACUUCACGAACAAAUCGAGGUGCAAAGACAUUUGCAACUAAGAAUCGAAGCACAAGGGAAGUACUUACAAUCGGUGUUGAGAAAAGCACAAGAGACUCUCUCCGAGUACAGUUCUUGCUCCAUCGAAGUGGAACACGCGAAAGCUCAACUUUCUCAGUUAAUGUCGAUGGUUGACUCGGGAUGUACGAGUUCGUCUUUCUCGAUUUUGACACAGAGCGAUGGAUCGGUUUUGGAAAAGGACGAAAGAGAUAAACUCUUAGUGCAUGAUUCGCUCGAGAGUUCUCUAACAUCAUCGGAGAGCUCAUGGAAGAAGAAUAAAGAAACUCGAAGAAAGCAUAGAAAUGGAAAAAUUACCAAAGAAAAAGGAAAUUCUAUUGCACUCCCACUUAUGGAAAUGCAUUCUAGCAAAAGGGUUCAAUUAUUGGAGAAGAUCGAUUUGAAUUCCGAUACAAUGAAUGAGUUUGAUCAAGGUCGGAAAGUGAUUGAUUUGAACAUUAACGGGGUCGAAUUCUUCAAUGGGAACUUCUAGCUUAUAAAAUUGUACUAAUAGGGAUUGUGGAUCAUCUGUAAUUUUGAAAUAUACUAGCAAAAAGAUUUAAUUUUUA